AGUGGUACACACGAACGUUAAUGUACAGUAUUUGUCAUUAUCUGAGGACAGGAGAGAGCAUGGAAGGUGGCAUUUUCGGCUUUCACCUUCCAAGACUCUCCCCAGAACUGCCCGAUGAACGCCCACGCCGCCUUCUUCCACCAAAGGUGGAUUCCGCAAACGGGAGACUCCGGAUCGUGACCGUAGUGCUUCGGUCCCCAGCCCUGGGGAAAGCCUCAUCGUAGCAAGUGGCCCUCAGCGCAUGCAGCAGAUCCGCGGGCGACGCGGAGGCCGCGCGGUUUCAUCAUUAAUGCUCCUGAAGGACAAUAGCUCAUCAAGCCCCACCGAAAGCCCCGGACCCGUCGCGGAGCCUGGGCUGGCGGGGGAUGAGGCUGAGCGACUCCUCCUAGAGGUGGUUAUGUGGAGAAGGAGCAAUCCCUUCUCCCUCCUCCUCCUCCCCCCGCUACUAUCCGCGGCCCGGAGAACUGCCGCUUGCCGCCAUUGACAAGCACCGAUAGAACCCAAAGAAAGGCAAAGAGUCCUGCCCGGCACCGGCGCCGCGCGGGCCGAACCUGCGCCCCGGGAGCGGCGCGCCGAGGGCACCGGGCGCCCGGAGCAGGCGGCGCAGCACCAGCAUCGUGGUAGUGCCGGAAGAACACCGUGUCAGCAAGCUGAGAGGGAAACUGAGGCAAGAUGUCGGGCCGGAGCGGGAAGAAGAAAAUGUCCAAGCUGUCCCGUUCAGCCAGGGCCGGUGUCAUCUUCCCCGUGGGGAGGCUGAUGCGUUACCUGAAGAAAGGGACGUUCAAGUACCGGAUCAGCGUGGGGGCUCCCGUCUACAUGGCGGCCGUCAUCGAGUACCUGGCAGCGGAAAUUCUAGAAUUGGCUGGGAAUGCCGCAAGGGACAACAAGAAGGCCCGGAUAGCCCCAAGACACAUCCUGCUAGCAGUUGCCAACGAUGAGGAACUCAAUCAGCUGCUAAAAGGAGUGACCAUCGCCAGUGGAGGUGUCCUACCCAGAAUUCAUCCUGAACUGCUGGCCAAAAAGCGGGGGACCAAAGGCAAGUCGGAAACUAUCCUCUCCCCUCCCCCAGAGAAAAGAGGAAGGAAGGCGGCGUCAGGCAAGAAGGGAGGCAAGAAAUCCAAGGCUGCCAAACCACGGACGUCCAAAAAGUCCAAACCAAAGGACAGCGAUAAAGAAGGAACUUCAAAUUCCACCUCCGAAGAUGGGCCGGGGGACGGAUUCACCAUUCUGUCAUCUAAAAGCCUCGUUCUGGGGCAGAAGCUCUCCCUGACCCAGAGUGACAUCAGCCAUAUUGGCUCCAUGAGAGUGGAGGGCAUUGUCCACCCAACCACAGCCGAAAUUGACCUCAAGGAAGACAUAGGUAAGGCCUUGGAAAAGGCUGGCGGGAAAGAGUUCUUGGAAACGGUAAAGGAGCUCCGCAAAUCCCAAGGCCCUUUGGAAGUCGCCGAAGCCGCUGUCAGCCAAUCCAGCGGACUCGCAGCCAAAUUUGUCAUCCACUGUCACAUCCCUCAGUGGGGCUCCGACAAAUGUGAAGAACAGCUCGAAGAGACCAUCAAAAACUGCCUGUCGGCGGCAGAGGACAAGAAGCUGAAGUCUGUGGCGUUCCCACCGUUUCCCAGCGGCAGAAACUGCUUCCCCAAACAGACGGCAGCCCAGGUGACCCUCAAAGCCAUCUCGGCCCACUUCGACGACUCGAGCGCAUCCUCGCUGAAGAAUGUCUACUUCCUGCUCUUUGACAGCGAGAGCAUUGGCAUCUACGUGCAGGAGAUGGCCAAGCUCGAUGCCAAGUAGCCGCCCCGUGCCCGUGCCCGGCCGGAGGAUCGAAGUCACAGGAGUGGGGUUUUAUUUUGUAAAAGGAGAGAGGAAGUGUGACGGCAGGGGAGCGGAGGGCAGCUGGCAGGGAAGCGGGGAGCAGAGGCCGCAGGAGCAGGUCCCGCCCACGGAAGGAGCCCUCUGCAUUUUAUAUUCUCGUUUCAAAGAGCCUCAGUCUGUAAUUAACCAGGUCUCCACGAGGGGUUUCUUUCCAUGUGUUUUCUUCCUGUUGUUUUAGAACUUUUUUAAAAAACAGACUUCGUUUUAGAUUUAUAGCAUUGACUUUUACACACACACAAAAAAAAUCCUUUCAAAAUUCUUAAAA